GCUCACUGGGUAGUGUUAAGGACCUUCCUGACUACUAGCAGGCUGAAUAUCAUGUAUUUUUACUGUACAGGUUUGGAGAUCUCUUCAGAGUAAAAGCCCUAUAAUUGCAAGUUCAAAAAGACAAUUUCUCCAUAUUUGAACUGCAAUAAAAAACAUUUCUCAACUAUAGGGUUUUCCUUUGAAGGAAUCUACAAAAACAGUGGAUAAUUAUUAUGAACAUUUUAAUGUUAAUAUCCCCUCUCUUUAAACCUUACGUUACAACAUGCCACAUUUAUCAACAAAUUGGCGUUUUCUGGCACGUUGAUGUUUCAUCCACUUUUUAGCCGGUUGAAAAGACGUUGAAAUAAGGUCUUAGACGUUCAGACCUCAUUUCAACCAUAUUUCAACGUUAAAAGUACGUAUUGUGCUCACUGGGCAGGGCCAAAUGUCUGAAUGGGAAAAAAAAAGGUUUGAAAAAGAACAAAUCAUUUAUUUUCAGUUUGAUUUUCGUUUGCAACAGUUUUUUUUGUUUGCAUAAGACAGACACAAAUCCACCUUCAUAGAAUGCUGCAGGAAAAGCCUGCUGCCCUAUUCCUUCUAUAAUCUUUCUUGUGCUAUCUGCGCCACGCUAUGUGACGCGCCAGGCGCGCACUGCAGCGGAGCCUGGCUGGCAUCGAUUCGACAACAAGCGCCUUGCUGGAUCGCUGGCUUUGCACAGGAACAGUGGCACACUCGACAAUGGGACAUUCCGAAAAAUGCCGCGAUCUGGACACCUUCUGGGAUCAGAGUACUUCAACAUGUAAGGAGUGUCCUCGAGCGGCAGGACGUGAAAUAACCCCCAACUGCGGAUUUGAUGACUUGGGUGGGCGUCACGAGGUGCCCUGGAGAGAGUGCAAAAAAGGCACUUUUAACGACGGCAGCAGCGCACAUUGCAAACCUUGCGCGCAGUGCCCGCCCGGGUUCAUCUACGCGCACCAGUGCACGACAACUUCUGACACCAAGUGCGAAGCCUCGGGAAGAGGAACCGGACAUCCUGUCACAUCUGGGUCAUUUCAGAUUCGCACAGAGCGUGGAUUCACCUUAAAACCUCAUCCUGCAACUACACCCCCUCCCCUCUACACAGAGGCAGCUGGUGCAGGAAUAAUAACUGCACUUGCAUUUGCCAUUGUCAUCACCAUCACACUUGGUGUGAUAUGUGCUUGUCUAAUCUGGAGGCGGAAGAGAGGUCGUCGGCACGCGGUGUUGGGUUUUCACAGAAGAUCAUCGCACAUCAACUCUGGGUUCUCUCCCCUCUCUGCUCUCGACAAUGAUUUGAGACACAUUCUGAGUCCCGACAUCCUGUCGUCGCCUCUACAGACGGUGCUGGACAACCUGGAUGUUCUGGAAGAGCUCGUCAUUUUGUUGGAUCCCGAAAACCAAGGAGUAAAGAACACCAAGCAUCUGGCGUCUCAUUGUUCCUUCCCCGCCACCUGGAUUACUUACAUCUACUCAAUGAAGGACAGUAAGAGCCCCUUAAAAGCCGUGUUGGAGGGCGUCAACAGCAAACACCCCGACUGGACGGUGGGGCACCUGGCCGAGCGGCUCAAACUCAUGGAGCGCAACGACGCCAUCGCUGUUCUCAGCAAGCUGGGAGAGUGUGUGAUGCAAGCGUAACGGACAUUUUACCCUGUUUUUGUUUUUUUGUUUUCCAAAAAAAGCCUGGCAGACUUUUGCAUUUUUCAGAUAAUUUCUUUGAGACUCAUUAUGGGGAGUUUGGGGUCUAAGGUCUUCAAUUGGGACAUUUCUUUGUGAUUUCCUCAAUUUCUUGCUUCAGUGGGCAACAUUUAUUUUUGUUCAAGUUCCUGCUUUAGUGAACGAAUUGCGCUCAUUUGUCUGCAUCUCAAGUGCUCUUGUGUUUUUACAGUAAAGGCAUAAUAGAAAAGGGGAAUUUGUUCAAACAUCUUAACAUCUUUAUUAAGCAAAUAACAUUAUAAAUAAAAAAGUGCAUAGAAAAAUUAAACAGGUUUAGAAAUAUGUAUACAAAUAUUUACAAACCCAGGGUUUAUUUUUACAUGGUAACAAAGACGUAAAUUUAAAGGUCACAUAUUUUCUCAUUUGUAUGUCUUUUACACUUACUUUAAAAUAACCCUACUAUAUAUUUAUAUAUAUAUAUUUAUAUAUAUGUGUGUGUAUAUAUAACAUACAGCUUUCUUAACAGAAUCUGGGAGAGAUGGUCAUGAUAACUUCAGGUUUUGACUAGUGCUUUCAUCCUUCAUUGCAAACACACUCGCACGCACACAAAAUGACACAAACAGACAUGCGCGCACACUAACUCACCAGCUCUGCAGGACAUUAAAACCGAGCUUCUCUAAAAUUA